AUGGCCUUGCAGAACGCCAGAAUGCUGACACUGCAGAGCUAUGUCCGUGCUGGUUUUGUGCCUUGGCCGUUCGAGAUCACAACAUUCAUUGACAUAAGCCGGCAGGCUAUUGCGCGGCCGCUGGCGUGGACGUGGCAGAAGUUCAAGGAGCCUCCGCGUUUGAAUCGGCAUUUUUCUGCACGUCCUCAUACGCCGGCUCAGCCUGCAGCACAGGCGACUGCUGGAAAGCCGCAGCCCAUCCUGCAAAGCUCCAUGGCUGUGGGAAGUCACGAGGCGUGGGACAGCAUUUUGGAGCCGACGGGCGCGAUCAAGACACUUUGCGAGUAUGCGGUUCAGCAUGGUAAAGCCUACGUUAUGGGACUUUGCCAAAGUGGGAAGAGCUCGCUCGGUCGGCGAGAUGAGUUUUAUGCCAACACUGGGGUUGAGAUAAACUCACAAGGUCAUACGGUUAAGUAUUGCCGUUGUGUGGAAGACAUUGACUUUUCUACCAAACAGAGCACUAUCUUCUUUGUUGAUGAGGCACACCGUGCCUUCGCACACGGUACAUUCGCAGACGAACUGAAAAUGCCGCUCCGGACCCACUUGAAGUAUGUCCUGCUGACAACGCAGAGGCCCAGCAGCCUAGAAUGGGGCAUGAGCCCAGAGUCACUUGACCCUCACCGAUUCUGGUUCAAUGGACCAGUCAUGGAUGACACCAACGUGGCAGCUUGGGUUGAGCGUGCAAUUGCCGAAGUCGACGUCGGUGACAAGAGCACAUUUUCUAAACGAGUUUUUGAUUUUUGUGACCGCCAUGUGGGCCUGCUUGUCGCUUACCUGUGCGCAGUCAAGCAGAAUAAUGGUGUCUUGCCUUGGUUAGAUAUUGACGCUUCUUCGAACCGUGUCGUCUAUGGCAACAAUGGAGGUUGGAUUGAAGGCUCCGACCGUCAACAGCUCGCCAAGACCCUUCUGGCUCAAGGUGAGGUUCUCUUUGACCGAGCAAGCAAGAGCAAUGAAGCAUUGUCGGAUGCAGUGCGGUUCGGAUACCUCAGGACCGUGUUGCUGCCUGAAGAGAGCGGCGAAUCCCUUGUCAAGUUGCCAAACCAAGACAAGAGGUCAGGAAAGGGCGAUUUGAAAUUUACAUUUUCCACGAGUUGGCAAGCUGAGUAA